UCCCGGUGCGGAUUCUGACAGGGCUCGAGAGCUGAAGGUGGCGCGGCCUCCCACCCGGCGAGUGCGGCAGAGUUCCAGGUUGCCGGCCCGGGUCGAGCGGGAAGGGGUGUGCCUUUUAAAGCCAUCCUCUCAGUCUUGAACUUUAAGAAAAGAUGUGGAGUGGGCUGUUACCUCCUGGACUAAAUGAGAGCGAUGUUGAGUCAGAUUCUGAAGAUGAAAUCACACUGGAGAACCCAGAGCCUUCAGAACAUAAUUCACAGGAAGAUGGAGAGGCUGGCAGCAAUAAGGGACCAGCAGUGUCAGACUGCCCAGCAGGCCAGCCAGAGAUGGGGACACAGACUGGUGCAGAUGCAGAUGCAUAUGAGAAGUGUCCUUCUGGGAUUCCCCUGAACAUGUGGAAUAAAUUUCAAGAAUUGCAUAAAAAAAAUUCUGAACAGAAAAAUUCAACGCCAAGAUUCAGACAGAAAAAAAGAAAACGCUCCAAAAAAGGCAAAUCGAAGAGUGAAAAGGAGUCUUCCAGCGAGCAGUCCUCAAGUGAGACCCAGUGGAAAGAGCUUACUCAGUAUUUUGGAGCCAAUGAUAGAUUUGAACCCCCAGUUAAACAGAAAAAAGUGGAAAAGUCAGGCCUUGAGAAGAGCAUUGACCAGGCUGUGGAGGAGUGGGAUGUUGAGAAGGCUGAGGAGCUCAGCAACCAGCUAGCUACUCGAGAGCUUGGUGUAAAAAUUGCCAAAGCAAUUGCCUGCCACAAGUUUGUUAAAGCCAAAAAGGAGGCUGAAAAUUCACAGGCUGCUCGAAAGAAGAAGAAACUGGCGUGGGGGUUUGAAGCAAAGAAGAGAUGGGAAACCAAAAGCAACAUGGGCUAUAUGUGACCUUGCAGAGUUCUUCAAGACAUUUAUUUAUAGCUGUCAUGCUUCAUUUGCUGAAAAGAUUUUCUGGGUUGGGUUAAAUAUGUCAGGAAAUUGAUAAAGUUAGAAAAAGAUAAGCAUAAAACUUCAGAGCUGAUCAUAAACCCUUCAAUCUGUUUUCUCAGAAGUUUUUGAUGGAAAAGAACAUUUUUAUAUUUUUGUAAGAAAGUUAAGCAUAUGUACAAGAAAAAAAGAUAGGUAUUUAUUUGUUUGUAUAAACAUACAGUUUAAGAUCAAUUUUGUGUUUGAUCUGUUUGGUCUAGCAUAGCCUGUGAGGUCCUUCGACUUCCUUAUCUGUUCUUAGCAUGACUGUACUUUUUCUAGGAUUGUGUUUUUAAGAUUGGCUUUGUUUAUAAUGGAUUAGUCAUAAAUAGUUUUUCAAGUUACUGAUUUUACAAAUGACUUUAGUUACUUUAAUGCAUUAAAUAUAAUUAUUGCUUCUUUUUGGAGGUAAAAGUAAUAUUACUUAGUCACAUAGUAAGAGCAGUUGAUUAAUUUUUUUGUGCAGUGUUAGUGCAAAUAAUUAGAGUAAAAGGUGAACAUACUAUAUUAUUUGGAUAAUGAUUUAAAUUCAGAUUUGCCUAGAAAAUACCUUUCUCAAUAUCUCUCAACAAUGUGUUUCUUUAUGUUAUGAUUGUUUAUGAAAAGGAAAUGGUCUGGUUGUGCUAGACAGACAGUUGUAACUCAAGAUAACAUAACUUUGGAUUGUCUAAGUGAUUGUUUGUUUUAACCCCUUCUCCUGGAAACUCUUUGAAAGAUGGAAUGAAUUAAUGAGACAAAAGAGAGAACUGAUACCUGGGAAGUCACUGUCCUUAGGUGUGUGUUUAUAGUCCUAAGGGGAAGAGGUUUUAGAAGUCAUUUGAUAACUAGCAAGACCAUAUGUGGAUAUGUGAGAAGUGAGUCAUGAACAUGAUUGUAUCAUUUUAGACUUAAAAUAGUCACUGUUUUAUUAACAUAUGGUGUUAUGAAAAUUUUCUCUAUAUGAAGAGUAAGUGGGUAAUUAAGAGCCCAAAAAUCGGGGGUUGGAGAGAGCUAGCUCAGCUGUUAAGAGCACUGAAUGUUCAUCUAGAGAUCCUGAAUUCAGUUCCCAGCAACCACACGGUGGCUCACAACCAUUUGUAAUGAGAUCUGAUGUCUUCUUCUAGUGUGUCUGAAGACAGCUCCAAUGUACUCAUAUAAAUAAAAUAAGACCUAGGGAGCCAAUGAGUGUU